AAUAGACAACUUCAAAGUUCAAAUCCAAUGCCUGUGGUACUACAACUACAAGAUCCGUGUUUUCUGAUUUAUUUCCUUCAAAACUCUUUUUCUUCACUUUUCCUCUGACUUUGUCUCUAAUUCUUGUCUCAUCGCCAUGAAUAACUCUCAAAUCAUCACCUUUUUCUAUAUCCUUGUUCUUCUCCCUCUCUUUUCAUCCUCUUUUACUUCAAUCGAUGAUUACUUGAUCAAUUGUGGUUCAUCUCUUUCCUCAAUCACUGAUUCUUACAAUCGCAAGUUUUCUGGUGAUGAAUCAUCGAGUUUUGAAUCAGUUAAAUUGUCCGCAAGUCGAACGAGUUCGAUUCUGAAUUCAGAUUCAUCAUCUGGGCUUUAUAAUUCUGCAAGGGUUUUUAAAAAGUCGUCGAAAUAUGUGUUUAGAAUCAAAGAAAAAGGUGCCCAUUUGGUUCGUCUUCAUUUUCAUCGAUUUGAUUCAUCUAGGUUUGAUCUUUCUAAUGCUCAAUUUCAUGUUUUAGCUAAUGGGUAUUUGUUAUUGAAUGAUUUUAGUGGAUUAACUAUGAAAAAAACACUUGAAAUUAAGGAGUAUGUUUUGUGGGUUGAUGAUAAUAAGCUUGAAAUUGUAUUUAAACCUUCAAAGAAAUCUAAUUUUGGGUUUGUUAAUGCAAUUGAAGUUAUUUCUGCACCUAAAGACUUGAUCUCAGAUGUAGCCCAAUUUGUAGAUUCUAAUGGGGUUGUUAGAAUUGAUGGACUUUCUAAAAAUGGGUUUGAAACUAUGUUUAGGGUUAAUGUUGGAGGACCUAAAGUUACCCCUUUUAAUGAUUCUUUAUGGAGAACAUGGGAACAUGAUGAAGGGUUUUUGGAAUCAGAUAAAGAAUCUAAACAAGUUCAUUUUGGUGGUAGAAUUAAGUAUCAAGAAGGUGGAGCUAGCCGCGAAAUUGCUCCUGAUAAUGUGUAUAAUAGUGCUAGAAUGAUUAAUGGUUUGAAGAAUUCUGGUGUUUCCAAGAGUUAUUUGACUUGGGGGUUCCCAAUUACUGAUGGGUUUAAGUAUCUUGUAAGAACCCAUUUUUGUGAUAUUGCAAGUGUAGUUCUUGGAUCAUUGUAUUUCAAUGUGUAUGUUAACGGACAUUUGGCUAUCGAAAACUUGGAUUUGUCGACGAUUACUAACAGUUUAGCUUCCCCUUACUAUGCUGAUUUUGUGGUGGAAGGAGAUAAUGGGAUUGUUACGGUUAGUAUAGGGCCUUCGGUUUUGAGCUCAUCUUUAGGAGUUGAUGCAUUGUUGAAUGGUAUUGAAGUUUUCAAGAUUAGCAACUCGAUGGAUAGUCUUGAUGGAACGGUAUCUGCGAAGUCGAUCUUGAGAAGAUGUAGGGGCGGUCAUGGCGGGUUUAUGGUGCCUCUUAUAGCUGCUGUCGGGUUAUUGGUUGCUGCUUCGGUGGUGUUGCGUAAAAGAUUAGUGUCUGUUCAUGGUUCUGUAUCAUGGUCUCGAAUUCCUGAUGAAGUUUCCGAAGUUAGUUUGAAAUCAACCCGUUUGUAAUGUGGCUAAUUGAGUUAUAUACGGAAGUGAACGGGGUGUUUAUAUUUGUAACUUGUUAAGAUAUGUUUCGUGUUUGAUGCUCGAAAAUGGAGCUGUGGAGAACUUUUGACAUAAGGCGGUGCCGGAUGUGAAAAGCAGUUAUAUGCUUGACUUGUUCUUCAGCUAUGUAAGUAACCUUGUAUUGUGAAGUGUUCUUCGAAUUAUCCUUUGUUGAUGUAUAAAUUAAUUUGCAUCUAUUCUAUACUUAUUGAUUUUGUUGUUUGAGUGUAAUAGAAGUAUAAUAUGAAGGCGUAACUAUAAGAACAAACCGUCAUGGAUGUAUUUCUUGUAACUUAUUGGAAGGAUAUGAUUGAUUGCUA